UUCUGGUUAUGUAUGAACUUGCUCCAGUUUGAUGGUCACGUACCUAACCUCAAAGUGUGGCCGUACCCCGUAGCCGGUUCAAAAAUUACAAUACGAAAAUGACACGAAUGCCGCUGCAUGCUGCCUCUGGAACAGGAAUUUACAAAGACCUGACAACAAAAGUAAUAAGACUCGUCAGAUAUGGAUGUACAAACAGACAUUUCCUUCACAUUGUUGUAAUGGAGACCAAGAAGCAUCCAAAAUCGCCACCCAUAGAACAAUUAGGAACCUUCGAUAUCUGCGUUAACGAAAAUAACGAGAAGCUCGUUGCCUUCAACUUUGAGAGGGUACAGUUCUGGCUGAGCAAAGGCGCGAAGGUGACAGAUCCUGUCGCCAAACUUCUGGGACUAGCAGGUUAUUUUCCUAUUCAUCCGAGAACCUAUAUGACUGCAUGGAGGAAUCGAAAACAUGCCGAGGAAGUGGCAGCAGCAGAUGCUGAGAAAGCAUCAGCUGAGAAAGCAACUGCUGAGACGAACUGAAGCAUUAGCCGCCCCUGUUUUAGCAUAACUUUUGUAUAUACCCAUAGCACGUACAAGUAAAAAAUCUAAGUUUACGCCG